AAAGGCGCUGCAGUCUCCCGGCCUCGCGGCCCCAGUUGAGCUUCCUCUGCACUGAGGGCUUGCGGGUCCGGUGGAGAGGACGCGAGCCCGGAGCUCCGGGCACUGAGCUCUUGGGCGCCCCCAACCCAGUUUUCAGAACCCUCCACGCUGCGGCCACUGUCCCCUCCGGACCAUGGCCGACGACGACGUGCUGUUCGAGGAUGUGUACGAGCUGUGCGAGGUGAUCGGCAAGGGUCCCUUUAGUGUUGUACGGCGAUGUAUCAACAGAGAAACUGGGCAACAAUUUGCUGUAAAAAUUGUUGAUGUAGCCAAGUUCACAUCAAGUCCAGGGUUAAGUACAGAAGAUCUAAAGCGGGAAGCCAGUAUCUGUCAUAUGCUGAAACAUCCACACAUUGUAGAGUUAUUGGAGACAUAUAGUUCAGAUGGAAUGCUUUACAUGGUUUUUGAAUUUAUGGAUGGAGCAGAUCUGUGUUUUGAAAUUGUAAAGCGAGCUGAUGCUGGUUUUGUGUACAGUGAAGCUGUAGCCAGCCAUUACAUGAGACAGAUACUGGAAGCUCUGCGCUACUGUCAUGAUAAUAACAUAAUUCACAGGGAUGUGAAGCCCCACUGUGUUCUCCUCGCCUCAAAAGAAAACUCGGCACCUGUUAAGCUUGGGGGCUUUGGAGUAGCUAUUCAGUUAGGAGAAUCCGGACUGGUCGCUGGAGGACGCGUUGGAACACCUCACUUUAUGGCCCCAGAAGUAGUCAAGAGAGAGCCUUACGGAAAGCCUGUCGAUGUCUGGGGCUGUGGCGUGAUCCUUUUCAUCCUGCUCAGUGGCUGUUUGCCUUUCUACGGAACCAAGGAAAGAUUGUUUGAAGGCAUUAUUAAAGGAAAAUAUAAGAUGAAUCCAAGGCAGUGGAGCCAUAUCUCUGAAAGUGCCAAAGACCUAGUACGCCGCAUGCUGAUGCUGGAUCCCGCUGAAAGGAUCACUGUUUAUGAGGCGCUGAAUCACCCAUGGCUUAAGGAGCGGGAUCGUUAUGCCUACAAAAUUCAUCUUCCAGAAACAGUGGAACAACUGCGGAAAUUCAAUGCAAGGAGGAAACUAAAGGGUGCAGUACUAGCUGCUGUGUCAAGUCAUAAAUUCAACUCCUUCUACGGGGACCCUCCUGAAGAGUUGCCAGAUUUCUCUGAAGACCCUACCUCCUCAGGAGCCGUCUCUCAGGUGCUGGACAGCCUGGAAGAGAUCCACGCACUUACAGACUGCAGUGAAAAGGACCUAGAUUUUCUACACAGUGUUUUCCAGGAUCAGCAUCUUCACACACUGCUAGAUCUCUAUGACAAAAUUAACACAAAGUCUUCACCACAAAUCAGGAAUCCUCCAAGCGAUGCAGUACAGAGAGCCAAAGAGGUAUUGGAAGAAAUUUCAUGUUACCCUGAGAAUAAUGACGCAAAGGAACUAAAACGCAUUUUAACACAACCUCAUUUCAUGGCCUUACUUCAGACUCACGACGUAGUGGCACAUGAAGUUUACAGUGAUGAAGCAUUAAGGGUCACACCUCCCCCGACCUCUCCCUAUUUAAAUGGUGAUUCUCCAGAAAGCGCCAACGGAGACAUGGACAUGGAGAAUGUGACCAGAGUUCGGCUGGUCCAGUUCCAAAAGAACACAGAUGAACCAAUGGGAAUCACUUUGAAAAUGAAUGAGCUAAAUCAUUGUAUUGUUGCGAGAAUCAUGCACGGGGGUAUGAUUCACAGGCAAGGUACACUUCAUGUUGGUGAUGAAAUUCGAGAAAUCAAUGGCAUCAGUGUCGCUAACCAAACAGUGGAACAGCUACAAAAAAUGCUUAGGGAAAUGCGGGGGAGUAUUACCUUCAAGAUUGUGCCAAGCUACCGCACUCAGUCUUCAUCCUGUGAGAGAGAUUCCCCCUCCACUUCCAGACAGUCCCCUGCUAAUGGUCAUAGCAGCACUAACAAUUCUGUUUCGGACUUGCCGUCAACCACCCAACCAAAAGGACGACAGAUCUAUGUAAGAGCACAAUUCGAAUAUGAUCCAGCCAAGGAUGACCUCAUUCCCUGCAAAGAGGCUGGCAUCCGAUUCCGAGUUGGUGACAUCAUUCAGAUUAUUAGUAAGGAUGACCACAACUGGUGGCAGGGUAAACUGGAGAACUCCAAAAAUGGAACUGCAGGUCUCAUUCCUUCUCCUGAACUUCAGGAAUGGCGAGUAGCUUGCAUUGCCAUGGAGAAGACCAAACAAGAGCAGCAGGCCAGCUGUACUUGGUUUGGCAAGAAAAAGAAGCAGUACAAAGAUAAAUAUUUGGCAAAGCACAAUGCAGUGUUUGAUCAAUUAGACCUUGUCACAUAUGAAGAAGUAGUCAAACUGCCAGCAUUCAAAAGGAAAACACUAGUCUUAUUAGGUGCACAUGGUGUUGGGAGAAGACACAUAAAAAACACCCUCAUCACAAAGCACCCAGACCGGUUUGCGUAUCCUAUUCCACAUACAACCAGACCUCCAAAGAAAGAUGAAGAAAAUGGCAAGAAUUACUACUUUGUAUCUCAUGACCAAAUGAUGCAAGACAUCUCAAAUAAUGAGUACUUGGAGUACGGCAGCCACGAGGAUGCAAUGUACGGGACAAAACUGGAGACCAUUCGGAAAAUCCAUGAGCAGGGGCUGAUUGCAAUACUGGACGUGGAGCCUCAGGCACUGAAGGUCCUGAGAACUGCUGAGUUCGCUCCUUUCGUGGUGUUCAUUGCGGCGCCGACUAUCACUCCAGGUUUAAAUGAGGAUGAAUCCCUCCAGCGCCUGCAGAAGGAGUCCGAUGUCUUACAGAGAACAUAUGCACACUACUUCGAUCUCACAAUUAUCAACAAUGAAAUUGAUGAGACAAUCAGACAUCUGGAGGAAGCUGUCGAGCUCGUGUGCACAGCCCCACAGUGGGUCCCGGUCUCCUGGGUCUAUUAGGCUUCUCCCUGGCUAUCUGAGUAUAAAACUGGGAGCUGCCUCCUACAUGGAAAAGCCUCUUUGUUAUCGGCCUUGUGUCAGCAGGUCGUGGUCCCUAGAGACUACCUAGUUGUAGUGUGACCUACAUUUAUAAUUAUUGUCAUGUCCGAAUAGAUAGGAGGAGAAAAACAAUUACACACUAAUUUAAAGAGACAGUAUCUUUUUUAAUCAGUUCUCCUAAACUUUAAUAAAAUGUAUCUUUAAAUGUAUGUAUUAUUCAAUCCUUUGGAAUGUUAUAUUUUUGGAAAUCAUAGCUUUUUAUUUCCAAGGCCCCUAAAAACUGCACAAAAUAGAUGCUGCUUUCUAUAAUCUAUUUUAAUAAUAAUAAACAAUGAUUCUGUUACCUUGACUGGGGGUGGAACACUACAUUCUUUUUAGAGUCUGAUUUUAUGGAUUGGAAUAUCUUUCUUUCCUUUAUUUAUUUGAAAUAAUUAGUCUAGUGAUUACAAAACAGUCAUAAAUUUUUAAAGGCCUUUUUUCUCUCUCUUUUUUUUUAAGUCCUUUAUGUAACAUCCAGAUACUGUGAUACUGUCUCUUUGAAGCACCCUGUAAACCUUUUAGAGAUUUGAAGUUGGGUCUUGACUCUUAAUGCAUGUGGACAGUCGCGAGCGUUUAUGCUGUCGGUGUGUCUGUGUUGGACAAAACAAUCUGUAAUUACAGCAAAGUACAUUCCGUUCACGGGGCACACCCAGGGGAUAAGAAUAAAUUGCUAUUAUGACUAAGUUGUAAACCUAUGCACAUCCCUUGCAUUUUGGGCAACUUUAUAAAACAGAAAAAAAAAGAAACUGAUUUUUAUUAAUAAUAAUCACGUAGUGAAAUGUGUUUGUAAUUUUGUCUCAAUUUAAUUUGUUGUAAGGGGGAGGGGGUAUUGCUGGUUUCGCCAUUUCAGAUCUGUGUUGUCUAAGAGUAUUAACGUUUUAAUUAAGCAAAGAAAUGCGGAUUUUUAAUCUGUAUGUAAUUGUUUUAAGCACCCACUUAAAGAGAAUAUACUGUGCAAUGAAGAAACCAGUUUAGGCAUUUGCUAUAAACUGAAUUAUUCCAAAAGAAUAAUCUAUAACAGCUCUGUAAAUUCCUUUAAAUUGAUAACUAACAGGAGAGUCUGACCAAUUUUUUUUAAAUAUACUUCAUUGUAUGUGUUCAAUAAUUAAAUGCCUUUGGGUCCUUCAUUUCAUUACAGA